GCUCCAGUCGCUCUCCCCAGAAUGUCGCAACGUGUCCUUUUCAAACUGCCCAACUCGGCAGCACCAUUGACUCCAAAUUCAAUACUCUUCCAUGACGAAUCUCCACAACGGCCUUUCCAAAAUUUCCUCCCACCAGCCACCUUUCUCCCUCCAUUUCCCACAAACGAACCCACCACCCUGAGAAAAAUCCCAAGAAAAAGCACCUCUCUACCCCCAAUAAUGGGCUCUUUCCAAAACCAAUCCAAUUCGCCUGCAGAGGACAGCAGCAACAACAAUGAUUGCAUUCCUGAAGAGGCCAAGAAGAUCUUGAGAGCAUUGGCUUCAAAAUGGGAGGAUACGAUCAACCCGGAUCAAUUGCAGGUGAUCCCACUUAAGGGGGCUAUGACUAACGAAGUUUUUCAAAUAAAAUGGCCCACUACUCACGAGCGAUCCAGGAAAGUGCUCGUGAGGAUUUAUGGUAAAGGGGUGGAUAUCUUCUUUGAUAGGGAGAAUGAGAUCAAGACGUUUGAGUUUAUGUCUCAGAAGGGUCAGGGGCCUAGAUUGCUUGCCAGGUUCUCCAAUGGCCGUGUUGAAGAGUUCAUUCGUGCCAGGACUCUCUCAGCACCUGAUCUACGUGAUCCAGAAAUAUCUGCUCUUAUAGCCGUCAAAAUGAGGGAAUUUCAUGAACUUGAUAUGCCUGCCCUGAAGACUAUCCUCCUCUGGGAUAGACUGCGCAAUUGGUUGAAUGCUGCCAAGAACAUGUGUUCACUGGAAGAAGCUAAGGCCUUUUCCCUGGAUACCCUACAGGAUGAAAUAUCUGGCAUGCAAGAGAAAAUGACAAGUGACAAUCAACAAAUAGGUUUCUGCCACAAUGACUUACAGUAUGGGAACAUAAUGAUUGAUGAAGAGACCAGAUCCAUUACCAUAAUAGAUUAUGAAUAUGCAAGUUACAAUCCUGUUGCUUUUGAUAUUGCAAAUCACUUCUGUGAAAUGGCUGCUGACUAUCAUACAGAAACCCCUCAUAUUUUGGACUACAGUAAAUAUCCCGAUGUCAAGGAGCGCAAGCGGUUUGUCCAGAUAUAUUUAAGUAAUUCAGGUGAUCAACCUAAUGCCUUUAAGGUGGACCAGCUAGUCCAAGAAGUAGAGAAAUAUACUCUUGCAAGCCAUCUCUUCUGGGGCCUGUGGGGAAUUAUCUCGGUACUGAACACGUUAACAAAAUCGACUUCGAUUAUUUGGAGUAUGCUAGGCAGAGGUUUCAGCAGUACUGGUUAAAGAAGCCAGAUCUAUUGUGCUAGGGCUAUACUUUAACAGGCUAGCAAGCAAAGUAUGAUACUCUCUGCCAACUCUUUAUGUGCAUAUGUGGAAGCUGGACAGUUCAUAAGUCGGUCUUUUGGCAGCCCCUGCCAUUUUGGCUUCUUCCUGUAAGUAGACAAAUACCAUGUCCAGCGUAGCAGUCCACCAGAAACAUGGGAAUCAAUUUUUGAGUAGGAUUUUUUCAUCAUCUAUGGGUGCUAGUCAUUGACAUGAAAUGCUGCUGUGAUAUCUUUUUUGGCUGCUUGUCAAGUUGUUGAAAAUUUAAGUCAGGUGAUUGGAAUUUUCUUGGCUAAGGAAAGGUGCAAGUGGCUGUUAUCCUCUGUAAAGCAAGAGAGAGUUUUUUUGAUUAGUUAGGGUGCAAAAUUAUGAUUGAUUUUUUCAUUAAAUGUAAGACAUUCUUUUCAUGCUUUGAUAUCUU